AUGGCGGAACAAGGAGCGGGACAAAAGUCCACUAUCCGCGCAUUCAAAAACUCGGACAAGCCAGAUGAAGUGCGCCGCUCGAACCUGUCUGCGGCUAAAUCAGUCAGCGACGCGGUACGCACUUCGUUGGGGCCAAAGGGCAUGGACAAAAUGAUCCAAACCGCUUCGGGCGAGGUCGUGAUUACGAAUGACGGUGCUACUAUCUUGAAACACAUGGCAGUAGUACAUCCCGCUGCGCGCAUGCUUGUCGAUCUUUCGCAGGCCCAGGACGUCGAGGCUGGCGACGGCACCACCUCUGUCGUCGUCAUCGCUGGCAGCGUGCUUGGUGCUGCCGAGCAGCUCCUUGCAAAGGGGAUCCACCCCACUAUUAUUGCCGAGUCGUUCCAGCACGCUGCGCAGAAAGCGGUCGAGUCGCUCUUGCAAGUGGCAAUUCCGGUGCGGUUGGACGAUCGUGCCGCAUUGCUCCGCGCCGCAACCACCUCGCUGAACUCCAAGGUCGUUUCUCAGUAUUCGUCCGUGCUUGCGCCCAUUGCCGUCGACAGUGUUCUCCGCCUGGUGGAUUUGAACGCAGGCGAUAGCGACGGCGAGACCGUCGACCUGCGCGAUAUCCGCAUCGUCAAAAAGGUUGGCGGCACGAUCGAUGACACAGAGCUUGUUGACGGCCUCGUCCUCGAGCAGAACGCAGUGACCUCGAGCGGCGGCCCCGCACGCGUCGAAAAAGCCAAAAUUGCCGUCUGCCAGUUCCAGCUCAGCAGCCCCAAGCCAGACAUGGACAACCAGAUUGUGGUGAACGACUACCGGCAGAUGGACAGGAUUUUGAAGGAGGAACGCCAGUAUUUACUGAAUAUGUGCAAAAAGAUCAAAAAGACGGGGUGCAAUGUGCUGCUCAUGCAAAAGAGUAUUUUGCGCGAUGCAGUCAACGAACUCGCGCUGCACUUCCUUGCGAAGCUGAAGAUCAUGGUAGUAAAGGAUAUCGAGCGCGACGAGAUCGAGUUCAUUUGCAGCACACUGAAUACCAGCCCUAUCGCAGACAUUGACUACUUUACAGAGGAGAAGCUCGCUCACGCGGAGCUGAUCGACGAAGUGCAGCAAAGCGGCGCGCGCGUCGUGAAAAUCAAAAAAAUCAGAAACCCAGGCCGCACAGUGAGCAUCCUUUGCACGGGUACCAACUCUUUGGUGCUUGAGGAGAGCGAGCGCAGUUUGCACGACGCGCUUUGUGUGGUGCGCUGCCUCGUCAAAAAGCGCUUCCUCGUCGCUGGCGGCGGUGCUCCCGAAGUGCACAUGUCCCGCGCAUUGUCGAAGAUCGCACCCUCGCUGCCAACCCUGGAGGGGUACAGCUUCCAGGCAUUUGCCGACGCGCUCGAGAUUAUUCCCACCACAUUGGCGGAAAACGCAGGACUGAACCCCAUUACAAUCGUUACGGAGCUUCGCAACCGCCACGCACAGGGCGAUACUGCCGCGGGGAUCAAUGUACGCAAAGGCGCCAUCACCAAUAUUCUCGAGGAAAAUGUGCUGCAGCCGCUGCUCGUCUCCACGAGCGCCUUGGAGCUCGCCACAGAAACCGCCUCGCUGCUCCUCCGCAUCGACGACUACCAUUUGUCGCGUUAG